CAGGCAGCCCAAUGUCCCGUUUUAUGUCAAUACUUAAUUUAUAUUUCAGAACACCAGGGCAUGUUUACGCCUAAUGAAUGCACUUAAUAAAUAAGACACAGGAUCAAGAACAUAACAAAUCAAGACAAUUGUCGUUGUAUUAUUUACAUAAUAUUUGCAGAAUCGCAAAUUGGAUUGGAUAAAUAGGGUUUUUGUUGACCAUGACUACACAGAUCAUAUCCAAUCUUGUGCACGGAACCUAACUCUCCGCCUUCAUAGUUUAUCGCCUACCCCCACUGCGGAAGCUACAGUGGGGCCCCAGUCGUUCAAGAAGUUAUAGAACUGAAGUAGCCCUUGUCAACUGAACUGGUCAACAUGGCAAAUGCAUUGAGAAAUUCAUUCAAGUAUGGAUGUUCAGGUUUGUUGUCCCAGCUGUCUCUUCACUGUAGACAUGGGAGAGUAUGUGCCUCUCCAUAUGCAGCCGUCCAACAGAGGAACAAUUCCAGCUCUGCCAAGAUUAAAGUUGACCUGGAUGCAAGCACUGGUGUAGCAGUGAUGUGGAUGCAGAGUCCUCCGGUGAACAGUCUGAGUCUGGACUUCCUCACUGAGUUUGCCAUCAGUUUGGAAAAGCUGGAAAUGGACAGGAGCUGUAGAGGCCUUAUCAUUACUUCAACCCUUCCAAAGGUGUUCUCCGCCGGUCUGGACAUCAUGGAUAUGUAUGGGAAGAGUCCAGAACACUGUGGAGAGUUCUGGAAAGCUGUGCAGGAAAUGUGGUUAAAAGUCUAUGGAUCCAACAUGGUCACCAUAGCAGCCAUUAACGGCUCCAGUCCUGCGGGUGGCUGUCUCAUGUCCAUAGCCUGUGACUACAGGAUCAUGGCUGAUAACCCUCGUUAUUCCAUCGGGCUCAACGAGACCAAACUGGGCAUCGUAGCUCCCUUCUGGUUCAAGGACACCAUGGUGAACACAGUGGGCCACCGGACCACAGAGAUAGCCCUGGAGCUGGGUCUGCUAUACACCUCUCCCGAGGCCCUGAAGAUCGGCCUGGUCGACCAGCUGGUCCCUGAGGAGCAGGUCCUGACCACAGCCACAGAAACCAUGACCAAGUGGUUGGCCAUCCCAGAUCACGCCAGACAGAUCACCAAGUCUAUGAUGAGGAAACAGACCAUCGACAAGCUGCUGGCCAACAGGGAGGCCGACACGCACAACUUCGUCAGCUUCAUCACCAAGGACUCCAUCCAGAGGUCUCUGCGCAUGUACCUGGAGAUGCUGAAGAAGAGAAAGGCCUAAGACACACACACACACACUGACACGGUCACACGCAAUCGAUCCAAUGCUCUCUCUUUCCCCUUAUUUUUUUGUUUGGGACAGACGGUGAAGAAAGAAUGCAUUUGAUCAGAUGUGCCCUGUGCCUACUUGUAUAGCCAUAGUGUUCCUAACCUUCUGGUGCCCACUACAAAACUGUGAAAGUAAACCAGGGAGCAUCUUGGUAGUCUUGGCGACUAGCCUCCUGUCCUCAUACCCUUCCACCGCUGUUUAAUCUGAGAGAUUAACAAAGGAAACAAGCUGCUCACUGCUUCUGUCAUGCGACCUUAGACUAUUUAGACCCCCCCUCUCUCUCUCUUUCUACAAGCCAUUAACAAUGAGGGAUAUAAGUGCUCUUAAUAAACCCAAUGAGGAUGAUAUUCUGGAUUGCAUAUAACCAAUGGCAAGUUUGUGACUUGGUUAUGGCUUCCCAUUUGGACAUUGUUGUUCUUCCUCCCGUUGUGUGUCAGUUUGUUUCCUCCCAUCACAACUUUGUAGCUUUUUUUGUUAAAACACAGCGCUCUAAAAUUGUUGAGCGAUAAAAAUGUUACUGUCAUCACAUUCUUACCUUUAUCUUGUGAAGGUUAUGUUGUUCAUGAUUUUAUUUUUGUCUUAUCAGUGUAUAUGUACUUUUGGGUUGAAAAUAAACAUCUGAAAAUUGACAUGGA